GGAGAGCCAGAGCGCUCGGACCGCCGAGAGCCUGCACCCUUCCCUUCUGAGCUCCAGCUGGCAGCCGCGCCUAGCUCCCCCGCAUUCUCUCGGACCCGCGCUCACCCUCGUGGCACCGGCACCAAAUGAAACUGGCCGCGAUGAUUAAGAAGAUGUGUCCGAGCGACUCGGAGCUGAGUAUCCCAUCCAAGAACUGCUACCGCAUGGUCAUCCUCGGUUCGUCCAAGGUGGGGAAGACGGCCAUCGUGUCGCGCUUCCUCACGGGCCGCUUCGAGGACACCUACACGCCCACCAUCGAGGACUUCCACCGCAAGUUCUAUUCUAUCCGCGGAGAGGUCUACCAACUCGACAUCCUGGACACGUCCGGCAACCACCCGUUCCCCGCCAUGCGGCGCCUCUCCAUCCUCACAGGAGACGUUUUCAUCUUAGUGUUCAGCCUAGACAACCGCGACUCCUUCGAGGAGGUGCAGAGGCUCAAGCAGCAGAUUCUUGACACAAAGUCUUGCCUCAAGAACAAAACCAAGGAGAACGUGGACGUGCCCCUGGUCAUCUGCGGUAACAAGGGUGACCGGGACUUCCAACGCGAAGUGGAGCAGCGCGAAAUCGAGCAGCUAGUGGGCGAUGAACCCCAGCGCUGCGCCUACUUCGAGAUCUCGGCCAAGAAGAACAGCAGCCUGGACCAAAUGUUCCGAGCGCUCUUCGCCAUGGCCAAGCUGCCGAGCGAGAUGAGCCCAGACCUGCACCGUAAGGUGUCGGUGCAGUACUGCGACGUGCUGCACAAGAAAGCGCUGCGCAGCAAGAAACUGUUCCGCGCCGGCGGCGGCAGCUGCGAGCCGGGCGACGCCUUUGGCAUCGUGGCGCCCUUCGCGCGCAGACCCAGCGUGCACAGCGACCUCAUGUACAUCCGCGAGAAGGCCAGCGGCGGCGGCCAGGCCAAGGACAAGGAGCGCUGCGUCAUCAGCUAGGACCCUCCGCCGCCCCAGCAACAGAACACAAGGAGAACCUUUGUUUUAAAAGUGAUGAUCUGCCGUUCCGGCCAGCCCUGCGCGCCCAGGGCCCGCGAUCUAGCCCCGCGAUGCGGGGAGGCGCAACCGCACAGAGAAGGGACGGUCAUCUGCUCUGGAAGCAAAGAGAACUGCCACGACCAGGGCUCCCCCCACCUUCAGGGCUGGGCCCAGGGGAGGGUGCACUUGUCUCGUUUCGCACAAAGACCUGAGACGGAGAGUGGGUGGGGGAGGCAGUUUGGAAGUUAGCCACUGUUAAGCGCCAAGAAACCCAUCCAGCCAGGCUUCUAGUCUGUGAGUCUGGGUUGUCAUCACAGCUGGUGAAAGUCUUUGCUCUUCUGAAGCCAAGCGGUGGUGUGGGUCAACUCACAACCGGUGACUCGUUUACAUGUUUGUUAUAUUGCAAAAAGGAAAAAAAAAAAAUUUGCACUUUAAUAGUUCUGGUGUCAUGGACAUGAACAAAAUCUUAGGUGUUUAUACGUAUGUGUGAGACAGUCUUUAUUGUUGGUUUUUUAAUAUAAUAUAAAAUAAAAUAAUUUAAAAUGGAAAACCUGGCUUUCUUUGCUCUUAGACGUGACUGGAGGGAGGAAGGGUGGGAGAAGGGAGGUGUACUGAGUUUCCACUCCUGGAAUGAGAAUGCACCUUUCCCAGACCAGAAACAACCCCUGCUGUUAUGAAAACAGUGUCAGCAGUCAUGGAAGGCAGGCCCCCAAAUUCUCCAGAUGCCUGGGCCCCCAGGCCUAGGGUGGCAAGAGGGACAAAGCCCUUCUAUUUGGGGACUAGCUCCCUGGGAGUGGCAUGCCCCAAAAGCAAAGACAAAAGAAAAAAAAAAUGACACCUCCAUAGACUCAAUCUUUCUAGUUCAUUUAUUUACUGCUUGAUGUUUCCGUCGGUCAAGCCACACGGCUUCGUUUUCUGAAAGUAUUCUGAGUCCUCUCAGUGUAGGGCCAAAGGCCUUGUCACCAGACUUGAUGUGGCCCAGGGACAGUUAAAAUCACAAAGCCCCCCUCUCCCCCAGCCUAAGGGACAGUAGGUCUCCCUUGCUUUUUCCCUCUCUUGGUGGCUAAGGGCACAUGCUUAGGACUCUCAUCCCCGCUCUCUCUGCCUGCAAACUUUGAGCAAGCCACACCUGCCAAGACUCAACUACUUCAUUUGCAGAGUCAAGAGAAUGCUGUCUUCCAGGGGCUGCUGUGAUAUUAAAAAGUACUUAGCACCAGUGCCUGCCAGUAACCCACGUUAUGUGGUACUUCAGGAGGUGCUCAGCCCUGUGAGGGGACUCCAGGUUACUCUCCUAGGGGAUGUCACCCUGCUCUGGGGACGCUCACAGGCCUAAAAACUGCCUCAAACCACCAAAGGACACCUGCCUGUGUGGUCAGGCUGCUCCAGGAGAGGAGUGAUCCUGUGUUUCCACUGGUCUGGCUGAUGUAUGUGCAGGGAGAGGGGCAGGAAAGAGACGUGUAGAGUUCUCACAAUUUAUUCUGUGUACACUCUAAGCAAACAUUUUCCUGUCAGCUUUUCAACAGACAUCCUGCUGCGGGCUUCUCAGUACAAAAACGAAGACAUCCUGAGAGCAGACCAUUCUAAGUUCUUUCAGGUAUAAAUAGGGGGUGGAGGUGUCUCCCCUGCCCCUGCAAGGAGCCCCUUGUCCAUCAUCUCAGCCUCAAACAGAACCUGAUGGUCUUGUUCUUCAUGUGCUUCAGGUUUCAUGGUAUUUGGUCAGAGCCUUAAAACUGGCCCAUACACUACUCUGAAAUUUCUAGAAAUUAACUGAUUCAGUUAAGUAACAGUCCCAUGGCUGCUGGGAUGCUGUAAGUAGUGACUGCCCACUUACAUUCAGAGCCUGCUCUUCUGCCCAAGGCCACUGAAGCCUGACCUACUCUACACUCUGAGCUCCCACCACGCCAGCCACCUAACAGGUAAGGGGACACCGUGGAGUCCUUCCAAACACUCCUCGGCCACUGUGCCUGCCAAUGAGGUCAGUUGGCAGGCACCUGCUAAGCUGGCACAGGUGAGGUGUCCAUUUCUAGAUGUAAACAAAAUGCAGUUACUUCUCACCUCCCCUUAAGAGGCAGGGGAAAGAAGUGCUCUUCCCUCAAGCUGUCAGGGGAAGGGCACAUAAAUAAAGCAUCCCGCCUGGCAGACACCGGAGUAGGGCUGGGGUAGUGAGGACUGCCAGGCCUGCGUCCCUCAGAACAUCACCAGCCACUUCUCUGAGCAGAAAGCACAUCCCAGCAUCUUGGUGUGGCAGUGCACGGAACGUCUGCUGCUCACUCUAGUGAGAAGGCCAAAGGGGGAAAAAAUUCCCUGAAGUAGGCCUGCCUGAAUCUGAAACGCCAGAAGGGCAAGAUCUGCUCACCUGAAGAGCAGUUUUAGCUCGGGUGGGAGUGGCAGCUCACCGGCUCAAGGGCGCCUCGCGGGCUCUGGUGAGGGCUGCCAUUCUCUGGCAUUACGUGGCUGCCCACAGGAGACCAAGGGAGCAAGAGCUAACGGUACUGAGGACAUGGGGUGGCAGAGAAGCUGGAGACAAGGGCUGCCUGCAGGCUCCAGCCAACACUUGACAGGGCUCAAAUGAAAGGGACAAACGGGGGAAAAAGCCACCUUGCCGUCUUCCAAUGCAAUGCUCAUUCUCACAGCUGCCGCUCUUUACCGCAGUCAACCACACCACUCUGAUGCUGGCAUCAUUUGCCCACUGAGUUCUAUGCAAAUGCUUCAUAAAACUGCUGUCACGGGGAACGAUAUGUACCUGGUAUGCACUCAUCACAUCCAGGGGUGAGAGGAGAGGGAGGGAAGGAAGCAAAGAGGAUGCUGCCUCCUUCUCUCUUCGCCUCCGUGUUUUGCAAAGCUGCAAGUGGAGCCCAGCCCCUGGCCUUCCUCCCACCAGCAGGCAGUGGUUAUUAUGCCCCUAGACAUAUGGGAUAUACAGAGGGUUCUGCCAGAGCCACUGCGUUCAGCCUGCCUGGCCACCUGGUUCAGAGCUGAGGUCCGAGAGAGCGCUUCUACCGGGGGUGGUGGGGGACGUGAAAGGCUGUGGCUCCUAGCAGUGCCUUCGCUCUAGUCCUUGGGGAUCUCAAACAUGCAGAGGCUCUUGUACUUCUGCAGGAGCUCAUUCUUGGUCCUAACUUGCUCCCGGAGGCUGUGCAGCUGCUGCUGCUGCUGCUCAGGGCUCAGGUGGAUGCCGGGCAUGCUGCCGAUGGCCUUCCGCACCUCCUGGAACUUGGUCUUUAGGGCGUUCAGGUCCUGGUGAACAUCGGGGCUGUCCUUGUCCAUGCUAUAGAGGACAGAGGCACUGUCAGCACACACACACCACGCCGGCCCCUGCCCCCCUGCACCCAAAGAACCUGCCCCUGCGGUCUGCCAGCACCCUCAGACCCUGCCUGUGUGCGGUCCCCCACCUAGGCUGCGUGCCCAAAGACAGGCUGGCUUGGUGAUGUAGCACUGGCCGGCCUGUGCUGGUGCUCAGUCACAGCUCUGUGGCCCCCGUGCCCGACACAGGCCAGUGAACCCUUUCCCAGUACACGCCCUGCUUGCAACACUCUCCCCUGACACUGUGCAUUCUUCACCAGACUGUCUGCUCGGGCAGCCCAGGGCCGCUGUGCUCCCAGCCGCGUUCCCCGUUCCUUGCCCAGUGUGCACGACGCUGCGGGCACUCAAGAAACCGUUACAGAAAGAACGAAUGCUUGACCCACAGGCUAUUCAUGAUGGUUGUUGAAUGAACGAACAAACUAUUAUCAAGAUCUGGUGACAACUGCCAGAUAAAAUUUGCGGAUGUGCCACAUUUUUUCGAUCCGAUCAACUUUGAGGCCAAUCAAAUUUUUACCAGCGGGCAGCUAAUUUUAGCUGAGCUUCUGAUGCUUCAGCCUGCUAACAUAAAGCCUGUUUUCCCCAAGGAUGUUCGUAAAUUUUAAAUUAGUUACGAGUAACUGGAAAUGUUCAGCAGGUACAAGGCCGGCCUACCAUAGUCAGGUCAAGUCCUUGCCUCCGGGCCCAGCUCUCCUAAAGGCAGGCUCAGGCCCUCACUCACAACUCCUGUCAGCUGCCCUGCGAGCCACGCUCCUGUCAGUACUAAAUUAAAAAACAAAAACACCUCACCUAGGAUCAAAGACACAGCCUGCCACUUAUUCCCAUACAUUUUUUAAAAGUCAGGAAGUGAAUGAGCCUUAGGAAACAAGCUGUUGAGACUAAAAACCUCAAAGUCAAUUCAGCAAGCUGUUCUAAAAGUAUACCACUGAGGCAUAAAAGGGGCAAGGUGUCAGUGAGCACUUAGUUUUUCACUGAACGUUCAUCCCAGGUGGGGCAUCUCAAACCAGAUGGUGCUAACUCAACGUUUAUUAUUCACCAUUUCUCUGCUUGCGCAGACAAUACCCACCUCCCUGACGACCACUGGUUACGUGUUACACCUUGCAAAGCGAAGUGCUGCCGCUGCCUGCUCACUAUUUAUCAACAGCUUGAAACUCAGAAGGCAGGACAGAGAGAACCAAUAACUUAAGAAAUGAAUGGUCAGCCAACCAUUUGUCUGCUUUCAUUUGAUGCCAAUUCAGAGAGACAGUGAACAGUAUAACCGAAACCAGCUGAUGUGGGGCUGAUUCCAACUCAUGGCGACUCCACACGUGUAAGAGUAGAACUGGGCUCCAUAAGGUUUUCAGUGCCUGAUUUUUCAGAAGCAGACUGCCAGGCCUUUCUUCCACAGUGUCUCUGGGUAGGCUCAAAUCACCAACUUUUCAGUUAGCAGCUGCGUGUGUUAACCAUUUGCACCACUCAGGGACUAUGAAUGGUAUUCCUUAUCCCAAUUUCUAGGGAGGACCAUUGGUAUUCAUGAGAACUGCAAGUCAUUUGAAAGGAAGCAAAUAGGCAGCGACUUUUAUUUUAAUUCUUUAAAUCUCAGCUUGGAUCCACACUCUGGGCAGACACCAUCUGGACUCCCCAGAUCACUGCACUUGGGUGGCAUAUGCAUUAACAUACUGGCUACAGACUUACAUCCCAAGGGAGUUUUGAAAUUAAAAUAUAGUCUUAAGAAAAAUAGUUCACAUCACAUGAGUCUGAAAGGACAUGGUAAAAACAAAAACUUCAUAAACCUUUGGAAGGAAGUUAUGCUAAUCAAGUUUUUAAAGCAAACAUACCCUGGCCCAAAGGAACAUUUAAAUCUGAAAGUAAAAAGCGGGCCAUGUUUAAGGUGCUUGUUUCUGAAAAUCCCCAAAUCUCAAGGGGUGACUAGUCCUCAGCUGGUGAGCUUCCAGUAAGGAGACAGUCUGAAGACAAUCAGGGCAUAGGAGAAGCCACAUGGAGGGGAGCUGAGCUGAGCUGAAAGGAGGCCACGGAGCCCCAGGGAAGCCCUCUCUGCAAGCUUCUCACCCUGCCCCCAUGGGUGGAGGUAACUAGCACUCAGCUCCUGGGGUGAGGAAAAUGCUCUAUUCAGGGACUGGCUCAACCCGAGCAGGAACAUGCUAAGCCAGGAUGACUAUGAAAGGCUCAAAGCAGAAGAAGAGGGACAGACCCAGAUAACAAGUGAAUAAAAGCAGACAGCGCUGAGUGGGCCUGCCUUUGUGUGGAUGUUAGUCAUCACCCAAUUUUAGAAGGGAAAUAAAAGGAUACGAGGCCAGUUCAAGAGCAUGGAAGGUGUAUGACAGGGCAAGGUGAGGCACUCCAGCCGGCCACGAUGUGAACAGCGGAACAGACACCACUGCAGCAGCCUGACUGGCAGCAUUCCCUGACGGCCCAUUGCUGUGAGAACAUCGUGGGUAACUGCUGGUGUACACAGAAUGCCCCUUUGGCAGCCAGCACAGAUAUUUUAUAAAUGUCACCAGACUCAAGGCAAAAUAUCAUAGCGCUCAGGUGGAUAAACUGAGGAAUUACAUCCAACCCCCUUUUAAGUGUCAGUGCUUUGGGACAUGAAGCUGCAAACUGGCAACAACCAAGCACAAAGUCUGUCCACUGGUCCUGAGCAGCAAGGGGAGCUCACUGGACCCGCUGCCACAUGGCUUCAGCUCCUGUUCUACUUGAAGCCAUCUUCCUCACUGUAACCUGAGAGUUACCAAACCUGCUCCCUCUGCUUCUCAACUCUGAGCCUCACUUCUCUGGACCUCUCUGUGGCAUCUGACUCGGCUGUCCAUUUCCCAAUUCCCUCCCCCUUGGCCUUGCAUGUCCUGCUCUUUCUAGAGGGCCUGUUCAGCUAGUCCUGCUCAGCCCUUCUCCUCACCAACUCUUGGAGCUAUGCAGGAGCUAUCUUCUGCCUGAAGCUUCUCCGGUCAGUGUGCGAAUGCUGGGGCUUUCCAUUUUUUAAAAUAGUUUUUUUUAAUGAUUAUGAAAGCAAUAAAUGCUUGAAGAAAAAAAAAAAAAGGAAAAAA